GAUACGGUAUAAAUCCAAUAUCCGUAUGAAUGUUUAAAAAAGCCUUAAGAUAAACUGCAAAGAAUGCCCAAAACAAAUUUCUGUACAUACAAACUUAUAAGCAACUGAAUUUACCAAGUCUGUGAAGCCUCCUCCUAUAAAACUAUAUAAUAUUUACAAAAAUAAAAAUGGUAUAAAUAAAUUGAUGUUCAAUUUUUAUUUUUAUUUAGCCUUCAUACAAAAUUAAAUGUUAACUCACUGUCAAAUAAUCAGACAGUGAUAAAUGCUGUAAUGCAGGGGUCUCACAUUAAUGGAUCAUUUUAAUAACAAAUUCUUCAGUCACAGUAGGCUAUCAUCUUUCAUAGUUCCAUAAUUUUGAUCAAUUUACUAUUAUAGUAAUAUGUGGAAAAAUAUUAUUAAUUAGCCUAAGUGAAAGUGACCCUAAAACUUUUGAAUGGUAGUAGGCUAUUUAAUGAUACAAAAGAUAGUUGGAUAACAGCAUUUAUUAAAAUCUUUAUUUGUAAUUGCAUAGCAAGCUACAUAAUCAUAUAUUGUAUACUAGCAUACUACUACAUAUACUCAUAAUGAGACCAAUAGCUGCCUACAUACUUGUAUCUAUUGCACGUUUCUUUCCCCUCUUUUUAACCUGAUUUUUUUCUCAUCCGCAGUUCAGUUUGUGUUGAAUUACAUCUUCUGUUCUCCCUCCCUAUAUGGUGUCAUCAUUGGAAGCUGUGACUUGACCCGAACUAACCCCGCACCUCCUUCUAGUAUUCUGAGUGACAGCUCUUCUCUGGGCGAACCCCAGAUUCAUUGAUCGCAUAAUAACAAUGAUAUGAUUUGACGCGAGGCACAGAUGAGCAAUUUAAAUCCGAUCAGGUGUUACUGUACGUUUUCCGGAAUGCGCGAUUCAUGGUUGCUUAGCUGCGAAAGACGCCACGCGCACUGAAGGAAAAAACGCGUUGACCGGCAUUUAACACGCGUUUAUAGACGUGACAUGCGGACGGUCACGUAACGCUGUAAUGUAUAUCGAAAUACCGGAAAUGUGUUUAGAAGCCAUAUCAUUGUUAUUGAAAAAUAUAUACCGGGACAUAUAUCGAUAAUGAAUUAUUACCCAGUCCUAACGCAACAUAAACAACACGUAGAUUACAUAGGAAACCAAAACAUUUGUUGUAUUCAACGAGGUAUUUGUGCAAGAGUUCAGUUUAGUAACGAGUCAAACUAUAAACAAACAGAAACCGGAAGUAUGGUUCUGACUAGACGCGCGAUCUCGUCACCGCACGUGCGUCCGAUGAAACGGUCUAUAGGCCUCGCUGAAUGUACAAAUAAUCAUCAGUUUCUUCAGAGAGUAUCAGAACCUGCAUACACUCGCCAUUUAAAAUGCAGAAAUGCAGAAAAAAACAUGUUGCUUACCUUCUUUUGAGUAAUGCAGUUGUUUUUCCCUCCAUUCCGUCUGCCUGCAGCUCCAUACGUUAACUAACGCGCGCCUUUACCUCGUUGAUUCAGCAUCGCCCCUCCACUGUAAAUUAACCAAUGACGAUGCAGCAUUUGUGACUGACGGCGCUCUCUUCUAAUGCUGACGUUGGGGCUGCAUCAUCUACAAGGUUCAAGGUUCACAGUGUUUUUGCGCCAACUGAAGCUCAAAAAAGAAAACCAAGAUGGCGGUGCAGCAUCUAUAAGCGGUUAUUUUCCCGGCAGCCCCCGACACCAGUUAAUAUUGCUCUUCCAUAGAUGUUACUGAUACAUUUGAUAGUAGCGGUUGGAGCUCCAAAUAUAAAAAAAAAUGGCGCAGAAGUACAACUCACGGUGGAGGAGAAAGGUGAAGAGCCAGCAAAAUACUUGCAAAAGAUACAGAAGAAAGGACACACAAGGACAGGAAAAUAGAGAAGCAACAAACUUGAGGUCAAAUGAUUGCAGCACUGAGCAAGUGACCAGAUCUGCUAAUUUGGAAGACUCUUCAAACACAAAUGUGUUUAACAUCCAUUAUGCCAACCAUUCAUCCCAUUGCUAUGGACACACAAGUGAGAUGCAUCACUCUGGUCUUAAUGUUGAAUCAGAGCCCGAACAGCCUAUUUACAUGGAUACAUUUCCUGAGCACCUACCUGAAUUUGUUGAAGAAGGAACUUUAGAUGACAAUGCGUUAUUUGAUGAAGACUUUUCAAUUGAUGAUGACCUAUCAUUUGAAGACAGUUUUGAGCUUAACCAAGAGGAGGGGACAGAACUCGAAAGCUCUACAAACACUGAUCAUCCACUGUACAGAAAUGCACCAAUUUCUGUUGCAGAGAGUCUUCUCCUAAUAAUGACUUUUGCAAACAGACACAAAAUAACAGGAAAAGCUCUCAGUGAUUUGCUUACAUUAAUAUCUCUGCACUGCCCCUCUGAUACACAGACUGAGUGUCUUAAAAAUUUACACAAAUUUAAACAGUUUUUUGAUGAUCCCUCCUCUCUGCUUUUGCACAAAUAUUGUAGCUCAUGCUUCAUGAUUGUUGAGAGUACAGACACCCAGUGUAAAACCUGUGAAGCCAAUGUGUUGAUGGAGGGGUCAACCUCCUAUUUCAUUGAGGUUCCCAUUGAAGCACAACUGAAGAGAUUGUUUGCUCAGGAAGGUUUUGAAGAAAAACUUAAGUUCAGGUUUAAUAGACAUAAAAAGUGUCAUGACAGUAUUGAAGAAAUAUAUGAUGGAGAAACCUAUCAGAAAUUUACUACUUGCAAUGGGCCUCUCAGUGAUUCCAGAAACAUUUCGCUAAUGUGGAACACAGACGGCAUACCUAUUUUUAAGUCAUCAAAGUUUUCUGUUUGGCCUUUUUAUUGUGUCAUAAACGAGUUAAAUUUUGUUGAACGCACGAAACGAGAAAACAUGAUAUUUGCAGGUGUUUGGUUUGGGGAUUCAAAGCCAUCAAUGUUGACAUUCCUUGAACCACUGUGUGGCACUCUGAACAAAAUUGAAACGGAAGGAAUUUCUCUUCAGUUUGCAGGAGCUCAAGAACCUUUCAUAUGCAAAGCCUUUACCAUUGCAGGAACCUGCGAUUUGCCUGCAAAAGCUUUGGUACUUAAUACUGUUCAAUUCAAUGGACAUUUUGGGUGUCUAAAGUGUGAACAGCCAGGUCAAACAGUGAAGACUGGAGAGAGAGGUCAUGUCCAUGCCUUUCCUUUCCAGAAGACAGAUCCAAAAGGCCCGCCUCGUACUCACAAGGGGUUUGUAGAUUAUGCUAAGAUGGCCUAUGAUUCCAAUAGCGUUGUUCGUGGGGUGAAGGGACCUACGUUUCUCAGCAGACUAACAAGCUAUGAUUUGGUCUUGGGCACAGGUAUAGACUACAUGCAUUCUGUACUACUGGGAGUAAUGCGUCUAUUGAUGUUUUUGUGGUUUUCCACAGAGUUCUCUCGAUGUGCAUUCAGUAUGGUCAGAUCAAUCAAAGAAGUUGACAAACGUCUGAAAGAAAUAAGGCCACCAUGUAUGAUUCGAUUCCCUCGCUCUGUCUCUUCUCACAGGAUGUUCUUUAAAGCAUCUGAGUAUCGGUACAUUUUGCUGUUUUUCGGGCCAGUUGUAUUCCGGGGCAUUCUUGCAGGACUGUACUACAACCAUUUCCUGCUCCUUAGUGAAGCAAUCUUUAUUCUUCUGAUGGAGUCAAUAACACCUGCUCAAAUAGAUCAUGCUGAGAAACUUCUCUGGAAUUUCUGUUCUCAAAUGAGUGGACUCUAUGGUGAGCGAUACAUGACAGCCAAUUUGCACUUACUUGUCCAUUUAGCUGAUAGUGUGAGAGCUCUUGGACCUCUGUGGACACACUCUUGCUUUCACUUUGAAGACAAAAAUGGGUACUUGCUCCGUCUUAUACAUGGAACCCAGAAUAUACCUGCCCAAAUGGUAAAUGCUGUAAGGACUAUACAAUCUCUCCCUAGCAUCACACAAAACACAAAGCUGAACAUAGUAACUACUGAGUUUUUGGCCAGAAUGACAAAUAGCAAUAGUUAUCAACCAAGUAAUGUUGUCAAUAGUGUGGCCAUGUUAGGGGCAUCAUUCAAUAGAUGCCUUGAAACUGAUGAUCUUUUUCUUCUGGAACAGUUUCUUGGUCAGGCUUUACAUAGUAAUGUCGUCAAGGCAUAUAACAGAGCUCAAAUAGGGAAAAUAAUUUACACUUCCCAGCAGUAUGUCAAAACCAAAAGACGAAACAAUUACACAGUGUUGUUUUAUGAUGGUGCGCAGAUCAAAUAUGGACAGAUUAAAUUAUUGUGUUCCUACAAAGAACCCAAUGAAGGUCAAAAUGAGAUAAAACUUGCAUUUUUGAAUGAAUUUGCAGUUGCAAGCAUAAAUCUUCUACAAGAUACUUUGACAGGUGGAACGUGUUUCCAUAUUGUUAGCCUCCUGGAAGUUCCUGUGAGAAAGACAGUGGUAGGACUUGAAAGUAUUUUGGGGAAGUUGAUGUUCAUUGAUUUGUCCUCAAUGCCUGGUAUUGUGUUUGCUGCACAUUUCCCUAACAAACUUGAAAGGGACUAAAGAUAUUUUAAAGUCAAAGAUAUGAUCUUAUUUUGAACAGAAGAGCCCAUGA